CAUUUAAAACGCACAAUGAAAAGUGGAAACUUGAGUUUGCGUGAAAUUAAACUGAACUACUACAUAAAAGCAUUUCAAAUCAGCAUCUGUGGUUAAUUUCUAACACUUUUGUAAAUAGUUCUACCCCCCUACUACUCUAUGGUUUCGCCUUUUAACCGGAAGCGUGUGUGUUUACAGCGCAUCUUUGGCUCCACGUUAGCGUCGUCGAAUUGACGAGCACUUAAUCAGGAAUUGGCUUGUGCUCAUCUCAACCAGCGGUUUAGAUCAUUAAGAUACGCGUGUAGAAGGAAACGUUUGUUUGAUUUUGUGGCACGCUGCGAUUUGCCAAUGCUUGUUUGGAGGCGCGAUGGCAUAGCGAUGACCAGCUGGCUAACGUAGCGCCGAGGUUAGCCAGCGGAGAACUUGUCGUCACACCGCGGCGGCGCCUCCAGCCCCGUCACACAGGACCCGGGAGCGCAGCGCGGCCAUGGGCGCGGAGAGCAGCGCGGUGCGGGGCUGCACCCUGGAGGAGCCGCUCCUCACCCUGCCCUCCGGACUCACCAUGUACUCGGCGGUGCUCAAGGACGGGAAGCCCGCAUCCGUGUUUGUUCACAAGCGCGGCAACGAAGACAAAGUCAACAAAGCUGCCAAGCACCUCAAGACCUUGCGGCACCCUUGCCUGCUGCGAUUCCUGUCCUGCUCGGUGCAGGACGGCGGCAUCCACCUGGUGACGGAGCGCGUGCAGCCCCUGGAGCUGCUGCUGGACGGCCUCUCCCCAGAGGAAAUCUGCGCAGGCAUCUAUGACCUCCUGCUGGCACUGAUCUUCCUGCACGAGAGGGGCAAGUCGAGCCACAACAAUGUCUGCAUUUCAUCUGUGUACGUCAGCGAGGACGGUCAUUGGAAACUUGGAGGGAUGGAGACUGUGUGCAAGUUCUCUGAAGCAACUCCAGAGUUUCUCAAAAGCAUACAGAGUGUGAGAGAGGCCAGCUGUGUUCCUCCAGAGGAGCAGGUUGAGGGUUUUAAAAUUCUUCCGGAUAAACACGCUCACUCCCGGGACUGUUACUCUUUUGGAAUGAUGGUGGAGAACCUUGUCCCCCUCCUGAAUGAUUAUGUGUCGAAGGAGUUGUCUGACAGUCUGACGAAGACCCUGCAGGCCGGCCCGCUGAUAUCUGACCCCUUGUCUCGACCUCCGCUCAGCUCUUUGCUCACUCAUGACUUUUUCAGGAAUGACUUUCUGGAAGUGAUGAAUUUUCUGAAGAGCCUGACCUUGAAGACAGAAGAAGAAAAGAAUGAAUUCUUCAAGUUUCUGCUAGACCGGAUCCAGAGUCUCCCCGAAGAGCUGACAGCCGCGCGUCUUGUCCCCAAACUCCUCAACUCUCUAGUUUUUGCAGAACCCAUUGCUGUCAAAAGCUUCCUGCCUCAUCUUCUAAGGCCAAAGAUUGAUUCCAGUAGUGGAAGUAGCAGUGAAGAAUGCCUGCUGUCCGUGACCCUAUACCGUAAACAUGUGAUUCCUCAACUUCUGAAACUGUACAAGGUCAACGAGGAACACGUGCGGAUCGUGCUACUGGCUCACAUUCACAUCUACGGCGAGUUCUUCUCCCACGAUGAGCUCAAAAACCAGAUCCUGCCUCAGGUUUUGUUAGGAAUGAGAGACACCAGUGAUGCUCUGGUUGCUAUGACGCUGCAGAGUCUGGCGGUGUUGGUGCCCUUGCUGGGAGCUCAAGUGGUAGUUGGCGGAGUGAGAACCAAGGUCUUUAAACGCACCACACCGAACUUCACCAGGUCCACAGAGGUCACCCCCGAAACUUCACCCGUCCAUGUAGUUGGAGGUUCCCAGCCUCAGUUGGCCCAGCCUUCCAAAGUCUUAAACUUAUUCUCCAGACCGUCAGGGACUGAAGGUCUGCUCCUGGGUAAUACUGGUAGUUUAGCAGAUGGGAGGGAGAAUCCAAGAAGUUACCCCCUGGCAACAAAAUCAGACUUGAGUAGACCGAUGUCUCUGCCUUUGAACGGCCCUCAUCCGGUCAGUGAGGUUGAGCCAUUGUCAUACAGCCCAGAGCAGCCAGACAGACGAGAAGGCCCAGUGGAAGACUGGCCGGACUGGAGCGACACAGAAGAAGGCAAGAACAGAAAUGGACAGUCGGUCCAGAUCCACAUCGAGGCCUCGGAGAGAGCAGAUCCAGUCGGCAGUGGGCAGCCACUCUCAAGCCUCAACACUGAGGAGGAGCCGUGGGACGACUUUGAGGACACGGAGCCUACAUCCGAUCUCUCCCCGACUGCUCCUUUAACAGACCCUGUUAUACUCAUGUCGCCAAGAGGGGGCACUGCUCUUUCAUCUAUAAAACAUUCUCCUGAACCACCAAGACUGGGAUCCUCCAAACCUCUCAAAUUGACCUCGACAUUGCGUCAAUCCACACAGGGCAUGAUCACUUCCUCAUGGGACAUCGGCUGGGCUCAAGAGGAAAAGGAGGAGAGUUUGUACGGUCCGCGCAACCCCAAACCCAGAGCGGCACAAAAGAACGGCAGGAUAGCAGUUUUGGGGGAGGAGUUCACCAUUAAGGUGAAGAAAAAGCUUGAGCAAGACCCAGAGCUGGAUUUGUUUGCUGACAUGGUGCCAGACAUCAAGCCGUCUUCUGCGGCUCCGCUGUCACAGGAAGAAAGUGGCGUGAGUGGCGCUCGACUGUCGGCUUCCUCAGAGAACACUGAACCUCUGGAGGUGGAGUCGCACGUGGACACCAUCAUGCUCACGGCCAAGUUUGCAGCCUCCAGUCUGACAGAGAUGGAAGCGGAUGGCUGGGGAGAUGGUGAUGACCUGAACUGGGAGGAUGAAAAUGCCUGGUGACAAUAACUGCUCCGUCUUUUUCAUCUGCAGCAAAAGACUUGAUAAAUGUAGAAGCCCACCACCUCUAGAAGAGACCGCGUCACAGUCAACUGGAUUUGUUCCAGUUCUCAUUUAACACAAUGCAGUAAGAAUAAUGGUGUAAAAAUGUCCAAUUUUCUUGAUUCCCGGACAUUUAUGAUCUGUAUAUUCAUCGAGAUAAUUUUAUUUAGAACUGGAAGGAUCGUCUGCUUAAUCAAAUGGUGUUAGACGUGGACAAAUUAAGCCACUUUUAUUUUUGCCAACUUAUACUAGUCACCUAAAAAUGAAUGAGGAUCAGAGGUGAACUGUUUUCAUCUUCUUUAAUUCUUAUUUCUUUCUUUUUUUUAUGUGCCAUCUUCGAUACUGGCAUCAAGAUCAAGAAACCCUUUUUGGCUAGUUACAACUUGAAUAAUGUGUCAGGUUUGACUUACAGAAGGCUUGCACUUUGAAUGAAUGUGAAAUAUGAAUUACAUAAUUUAUUAGUAGUUUUUUGGUUGCUGGUGAAAUAAAGAUUUUACUGUA